CCCCUCGCCGCUUGUUCGUCUAUUUUAGUUAAAAUCUAGAGCUGCUCCCCUUCCCUUUCUGUCGUCGGGCAGUUCCUGCUCAGAAAACCGAUCUCCUCUUCCUUUCCUUUCCGGCGGAAAACCGCCAUUAUUAGGGUUCCGGAAGGUGUUUCCGCUUGACACUCUGUUGAACUGAAGCGCGAGUAAAUUGAAUUUUAAAGAGACAUAAGGAGAAGAAGCGGCGGGAACUGAACAAAUUUCUAGGGGUUUUUUUCCCUCAACUUGUUUGAAAAUAUGAAUCCGAUGGACGAAGAUCAAGAGUACGAUCCCCAGAUGAACGAGGAAGACGAAGGCGACGAGGAGAUUACUCAGGAAGACGCGUGGGCCGUCAUCUCCGCCUACUUCGAGGAGAAAGGUCUGGUGCGGCAGCAGCUUGACUCGUUCGACGAGUUCAUCCAGAACACGAUGCAAGAGAUUGUGGACGAGUCGGCUGAUAUCGAAAUUCGGCCGGAGAGCCAGCAUAACCCCGGCCAUCAGUCGGAUUUCGCUGAGACCAUUUAUAAGAUCAGCUUCGAGCAGAUAUAUUUGAGUAAGCCUAUGAUGACCGAAUCUGACGGAGAAACAGCAACACUAUUCCCUAAAGCUGCCAGGUUGAGGAACCUAACGUAUUCAGCUCCUUUGUACGUGGAUGUUUCAAAGAGGGUGAUAAAGAAGGGUCAUGAUGGUGAAGAAGUAACUGAAUCUCAGGAUUUCACCAAAGUUUUCAUUGGGAAGGUUCCUAUAAUGCUUCGGUCAAGUUUUUGUACGUUGCACCACAAUUCUGAGACAGAUCUAACGGAGCUAGGAGAGUGUCCGUUUGAUCAGGGUGGGUAUUUCAUAAUUAAUGGCAGUGAGAAAGUGCUGAUUGCCCAGGAGAAGAUGAGCACAAACCAUGUUUAUGUUUUCAAGAAAAGGCAGCCAAACAAGUAUGCAUAUGUGGCCGAAGUUCGGUCCAUGGCAGAGUCUCAAAACCGGCCUCCGAGUACCAUGUUCGUUCGGAUGCUUUCUCGGACUAGUGCUAAAGGGGGUUCAUCAGGACAGUACAUUAAGGCUACACUACCAUACAUCAGAACCGAGAUUCCAAUCAUAAUUGUGUUUCGAGCUCUGGGGUUUGUUGCUGACAAGGACAUAUUAGAGCACAUAUGUUAUGAUUUCGCUGAUACACAAAUGAUGGAGUUGCUUCGUCCCUCAUUGGAAGAAGCAUUUGUUAUUCAAAAUCAACAGGUUGCUCUUGACUAUAUCGGAAAACGUGGGGCAACUGUUGGUGUUACAAGGGAGAAGAGGAUCAAGUAUGCUAGAGAUAUUCUACAAAAGGAAAUGCUUCCUCAUGUUGGAACCGCGGAAUAUUGUGAGACCAAAAAAGCUUACUAUUUUGGGUAUAUCAUCCACCGUCUUCUACUAUGUGCUCUUGGGCGGAGACCUGAAGAUGAUAGAGAUCAUUAUGGUAACAAGAGGCUUGACCUUGCUGGUCCUUUACUUGGAGGCCUCUUCAGAAUGCUGUUCAGAAAGCUGACUAGGGAUGUGAGGUCUUAUGUCCAGAAGUGUGUUGAUAAUGGGAAAGAUGUUAAUCUUCAAUUUGCCAUCAAAGCAAAAACCAUCACCAGUGGUCUUAAAUACUCACUCGCCACAGGAAACUGGGGACAAGCAAAUGCAGCUGGCACCAGAGCUGGAGUAUCACAAGUGUUAAAUCGAUUGACCUUUGCCUCUACUCUAUCUCAUCUGCGGAGGUUGAACUCCCCGAUAGGGCGUGAAGGAAAAUUGGCCAAACCAAGGCAGCUCCAUAACUCUCAAUGGGGAAUGAUGUGUCCAGCUGAGACACCUGAAGGACAGGCUUGUGGGCUAGUGAAAAAUCUUGCUUUGAUGGUGUAUAUAACCGUUGGGUCUGCACCACACCCUAUAUUGGAGUUUCUGGAAGAGUGGGGCACUGAGAACUUUGAGGAAAUAUCACCUGCUGUUAUUCCCCAAGCCACCAAGAUUUUUGUUAAUGGUUGCUGGGUGGGUAUCCAUCGAGAUCCUGAUAUGUUGGUGAAGACAUUGCGACGACUGAGGAGGCGGGUUGAUGUCAACACUGAAGUUGGUGUUGUCAGGGAUAUCCGGUUGAAGGAGUUGCGCAUCUAUACAGAUUAUGGCCGUUGCAGUCGUCCUUUAUUCAUCGUGGAUAAACAAAGGCUUCUGAUAAGAAAGAGGGAUAUCAUUGCACUGCAGCAGAGGGAAUCUCCUGAAGAGGCUGGCUGGAUUGAUCUGGUCGCAAAAGGAUUUAUCGAAUACAUUGAUACAGAGGAAGAAGAAACAACUAUGAUCUCUAUGACUAUUCAUGACCUUGUACAAGCAAGAAACAACCCUGAAGAAGCUUAUUCUGAGACGUACACACACUGUGAGAUCCAUCCAUCAUUGAUCCUAGGUGUUUGUGCCUCGAUUAUUCCAUUUCCUGACCAUAACCAGUCUCCACGUAACACCUAUCAAUCUGCUAUGGGAAAGCAAGCCAUGGGAAUUUAUGUCACCAAUUACCAAUUCCGCAUGGACACAUUGGCAUAUGUUCUAUACUAUCCGCAAAAGCCACUUGUUACUACAAGAGCCAUGGAGCAUCUGCACUUUAGGCAGCUUCCAGCUGGCAUUAAUGCAAUUGUGGCAAUUUCUUGCUAUUCUGGAUACAACCAGGAAGACUCUGUCAUCAUGAAUCAAUCAUCAAUUGAUCGUGGGUUCUUCAGGUCACUUUUCUUCCGCUCAUACAGGCAAGUGCUCGUGGACGAGGAGAAAAAAAUGGGAACACUGGUGAAAGAAGAUUUUGGACUUCCAGACAGGGCUAAUACCAUGGGCAUGCGGCAUGGCUCAUAUGACAAAUUGGAUGACGAUGGCCUUGCACCUCCUGGUACAAGGGUUGCUGGUGAAGACGUUAUUAUUGGGAAGACCACUCCCAUUUCACCGGAAGAUGCCCAAGGUUCAAAUGCGCGUUACACAAAGCGUGAUCACAGCAUAAGCUUACGUCACAGUGAAACCGGGAUGGUUGAUCAAGUUUUGCUGACAACAAAUGCUGAUGGUUUGAGAUUUGUGAAAGUGAGGGUGAGAUCUGUCCGGAUACCCCAAAUAGGGGACAAGUUUAGUAGUCGGCAUGGUCAGAAGGGAACGGUAGGGAUGACUUACACACAAGAGGACAUGCCGUGGACGAUUGAAGGCAUAACGCCCGAUAUUAUUGUGAAUCCACAUGCUAUUCCCUCGCGUAUGACGAUUGGCCAGCUUAUUGAGUGCAUCAUGGGGAAGGUUGCUGCUCACAUGGGCAAGGAAGGAGAUGCUACGCCAUUUACAGAUGUCACUGUCGACAAUAUCAGCAAGGCUUUACACAAAUGCGGUUACCAAAUGCGUGGUUUCGAAACAAUGUACAAUGGCCAUACUGGUCGACGGCUUACAGCUAUGAUUUUCCUGGGCCCUACUUACUAUCAAAGGUUGAAGCAUAUGGUGGACGAUAAAAUCCAUUCUCGGGGAAGAGGUCCAGUCCAGAUCCUCACAAGGCAGCCUGCUGAAGGACGGUCACGUGAUGGCGGUCUUCGAUUCGGUGAAAUGGAACGCGAUUGCAUGAUUGCCCAUGGAGCUGCACACUUUCUGAAGGAGAGAUUGUUCGACCAAAGUGAUGCAUAUAGGGUCCAUGUCUGCGAGCGUUGCGGACUGAUCGCCAUUGCGAAUUUGAAGAAGAAUUCAUUCGAGUGUAGAGGCUGCAAGAACAAAACCGAGAUUGUUCAGGUUCACAUUCCAUACGCUUGUAAGCUCCUGUUCCAAGAGCUCAUGUCCAUGGCCAUAGCACCGAGGAUGCUAACCAAGGACAUUCCUACUGCUUCCAAAAGCCAAAAGAAGAAAGGAGCAUAAGAGGCCAACAGCAGCUUCAAUUGAUUUUCUUCUAUAUCCUUGCCCCAUUACAUAGCCUUAAUUGUGGGUAACUGAAGCUCUUAGAACCAACUUUCUUUGGAGUUAGUUUUGGCUAAUACUUGCCUUUCUUACUUCCUCCUGGAGAGCUUUCGACCGAGAUUAUCAGAUCAAUAGGCGAUUGGAAAGAGAAGGCUGGGACUUUUCUCCGAGGCUGAACGGUCAAAACGUCCUGCGCUGGUGGCGACUUACUGCUGUUCAUAGGCAGUUCUUGUAUUCAUGUAUUGUUUGUAUUUUUCUCUAUUAUCACGUAUGUCUAGCUAUCCAAUGAACCAUUACUGAAAUAGAUCGACUGUCUGAAGAAACACUCAAUUGCAGUGACGAAUUCGUUGUAAUCGUCGAUGAAACUUGAUUCCACAUGAUGAAAUGAAAAACCCUAAGAACUAUGAUCGGAUUAACAUCGAUGAUUCUACGAUUUAACACGAGAGGCGGUCUCCAUCCUAAAGCCUAUUCAAGAACACCACUCAAGGUGAUCAUUUUCCCUAACAAACAACCUGCAAAAGAUAUCCACCAUAGCUAACUAAUUGCUAAAGAAAUAUAACAAACUGGACAAAAGAACCGAACCCAUCGCAUCAGUGGUUCAAUGUGCAUGGGUUUCACGUCCCGAUUCGGCCGGCCGGUUUGGUCGGGUUCGGGCCGAUCUUCGGGUCACAAUUCCCACCUACUUCAACUCAACUACGGCCUACUUCUUCUCCUAGUAAGGCGGUGGAGGCGGCGAUCUGGACGAAGACUGUCUCCCGUUCGGCGGCCACAUCAUCUCGCUUCGCGGUGGGGAUCGCGAGGGCGGCGGCCCUGCUCUGCUGUUCGGCGGCGGCGGCGGCCACAUCAUCUCGCUCCCCACGUGUCGCCCCCUGCUGGCCGGCGGCGUGACGUCACCCCACAUAAUCUCGUUCCCUCCACCGGCAGCAGCAGCAGCUGGUGGUCUGAUAUUGGCCGGCCAAAUCGCCUCGCUGUACGCCGGCUGCUGCAUCCCGCCAUCCCCAGCCGAAUCUCCGCCUCCGCCGGCGCCCGAAAUCGCAGGCGAAGAAGCAACCGCUUCUCCACCACCGCCGCCGCCGCCGCCGCCGGAUCCGGAGCUCCUCACUUCCUGAUCAUCCAGCCUGUGAAAACUUGGACUGCUAAACGUCGCCCCGAUGAUGAACACCGUCCCAGCAGCCACCAAACCCCCAGCCACAAUGCCGCCGACGAUCUGCCCCUGCGGACCCGCGAGCGAAAUCGAGAACGCGUUCGGAUUCGGCACCGCCGCCGCCGCGCUCUGUUGUGGGAAGAAAGUUGCCGAGACUGAAAGAAUAUCGAACCUCCCGUGGAAGGUCACAGUGGCGCCGGGGGUUGUGGACGGCUGACGGAGCGUGACGUUGCCGACGGUUCCCGACCCCGUGAGCACACACAGCCCGAUGCCCUUACGGCGGCAGAAUCGGGAGACCGACUCGACGACGUCGCAUCCCGCAGGGAUCUCGAGGAUGUACGGGCUCAUGGGCGGCGGGUCGGAUUCGGAAGGCUCGCGGGUGAUUAUGAUUGGCGGCUUGGGCUUGUUCUUGGACCCCGGGGGCCGGCCCCUGGGCCGGCGCACGACCUCGAUCGUCGCGCCGUCGCCGCCGCCGCCGGCCGAGUUGGGUUUGGAAGAGGAGGAGUCGGGGAGCGGCGCGGGUCAUCGGAAGAAUCGUCGAGGUGGAAGUGGUGAGUGGGGAAAGGGAGUUGGUGAUGGUGAAGCUUGGAGAACAUGUUGUUGGUUUCAUGCUUUGAGGAAGGCGGUGGAGGAGGAUGGUGAUGUGG